AUGGAGCCACAUCAACAAAAAAGUACGAAAAUUUAUGGGAGUAUACGAGGAAUGCUCCCGGUCCCGGAGGAGCGGCAUGAACGACGCCGAUGUUCUCCGGCUUGCCACGACCCGGUAUCAAGACGACGGGAACCAAGGCAAGGUGCCCAUCGAUCUUUGGGGGAUUUUGAGUCGUUCCCCGAAGUGGCAACAACUCAACAAUCCCGACGGCGUAUCAUUCCGGAAAAGAUCCACCGUCGACGCCGAGGUUGAGGUCGAUGAGACCAUCGGUUCUACCGAUCAAAUCCCUUCCUUCAACGUUGCGGCUUCCGAUGACGAGGACCCCAUUCCACGGCCGAUCGGAAGAAAGAAGGCAAAAUCCAUUGCCUCUGGUUCGGGAGGGUCCGCCUCUAUUUCCGCUUCUUCCCGCGACGAAAUCGGCCGGGCAAUGGUUGAACAACUUCGGGCGUUCAAUCUCCAAGAACAAGAGAGGUUGAAGCUUAAAGAGAAGGAGUUGAAGCUAAAGGAGCAGGAGGCCGAGAUGAAAGUCAUGCAAACCGACCCCGGGACGUUGUCGGAGUUUGGACGAAUUAUCUACGAGCAAAGAAUGAGAGAGAUCAAGGAGAAAAUAUAAUUUACCUUAGUUUUUUUUAUU